AUGCUGUGUCAGGCACUUCGCAGAUUUGGUCAAAAGCUGGUGCGCAGACGAACAUUGAAGCAAGAUGUGACCCAGAUCAGAUAUUUGAACACAUUGGAUUUAGUGACCCUGGGUGUGGGCCGCACAGUGGGUAUAGGUGUAUAUGUCCUGGCUGGGGAGGUGAUCAGUAAUCAAGCAGGACCUUCAACUGUGAUCUGCUUUUUGGUGGCUGGCCUAGCCUCGUUGUUGGCCGGGCUGUGCUAUGCAGAGUUGAGUAUCCGGAUUCCUCAUGCUGACUCUGCAUAUGUCUACACCUAUGUCACUGUAGGUGAACUUGGUGCUUUUGUCACUGGCUGGAACCUCCUCCUCUUCCUUUUUGCUGAUGCAGUUGUGUUGGCUUGGGUGUGGAUGUUAAUUUUUGACAACCUGCGUGGGGACCAGAUAUCUGAGACCCUGACUGAGAACAUUUCAUCAUAUGUUUCCCGUGUCUUUGAAAAAUAUCUAGGCUUCUUUGUUAUGGGUUUUGUGUUCUUCCUCAUUGAUUUCCGGAAUCUGUGGGUUUUGGGGUUUUCCCAGAUUUCCAAAUGGUUCACGUUGGUUAAAGUUUUCUUUCUCAGUUUUGUCAUCAUCUCUGGCAUCAUUAAGGGAGAUCUGCGCAACUGGAAGCUCACAGAAGAGGACUACAUGAAGGCUGGACUCAAUGACACCUCUAGUUUGAGACCUCUGGGCUCUGGAGGAUUCAUGCCUUUUGGCUUCCAGGGGAUUUUCCGUGGCGCAGCUACCUGCUUCUAUGCUUUUGUUGGUUUUGACAACAUUGUGACCAGAGGUAAAGUAGCCCAGAAUCCCCAGCAUUCUAUCCCUAUGAGCAUUGUGAUUUCACUGUUCAUCAGCUCUUUGUUGUAUUUUGGUAUCUCUGCAGCCCUUACACUCAUGGUGCCGUACUACCAGCUUCGACCUGGUAGCCCCUUGCCUGAGGUAUUUCUCCAUAUUGGCUGGGUCCCUGCCUUCUAUGUUGUAUCUUUUGGAUUUUUCUGUAUUCUUUCUGCACGCAUCUUAAACUUUACACUCCCCAUAUAUAGUCAUAUAAACAUGAUGGCAGAUGAUGGCCUCCUAUUCUAUGCCCUUCCCAGGACCUAUUUUGGCAUAGUCACCCAGGUUGUGGUCAUCGUGAUCAUUUGGGUUAUUGUAGCAGUCAUGACAUUCUUCUUUGGACUCACUUAUCUUGUGGACCUCAGUGCAGUUGGGUCCCUGAUACCUCACUCUCUUGUUGCUAUUUGUGUACUCAUCCUCAGGUAUCAGCCUGAGAGGAAGAAUGAGGAAAACGAAGCACAGGUACUAGAGGAGAAUGGACCUAUGGCAGAGAAGCUGACUCUAUCUAGACUAUUUCUUCCGAACAGCUCCACCCCCACUCCACUCUCUGGCCAGGUUGUCUCUGUUUGCUCCUCACUGCUUGUUCUGCUGCUGACUCUGCUUUGCCUGGUGUUGACUCAGUGGCCAGGUCUGCUUUCUGGCGACCCAAUGUGGAUCACAGUGGUUGUGCUCCUCCUGGUACUCAUCACUGGGAUCACUGGGGUCAUCUGGAGACAGCCACAGAGCUCCACUGCCCCUCUCUUUAAGGUACCUGGUCUGCCUUUCUUCCCACUCUUGAGCAUCUUUCUGAAUUUUUACCUAAUGAUGCAGCUGACAGCUGGCACCUGGGCCCUAUUUGGUGCCUGGAUGCUGAUUGGGUUUGCUAUCUACUUUGGCUAUGGGAUCCAGCACAGCCUGCAGGAGCUGCACCAACCU